CUUGUUGAAUAAUGAAUUAAUUCAGUUAGGAAUCAGGAUUCGGAUUAUAAGCAAUUUUAAUAUUUUCCAUAACUAAUCAUAAUCGACAAAAAAUAAUUUUGUUUAGUCAAACAGUAUAGUCAUAAGAGCCAUGGGUGUUGAUAUACUUGGAUUCGCGUAUGCCGCAACAGUUGCCGCAGGAGGCAUAAUGGGUUAUGCUAAGGCAGGCUCAAUACCUUCUUUGGGAGCAGGCAUCAUUUUUGGAUCUAUCUUAGGUGUUGGUGCAUACCAGCUAAGCCAAGAUCCCUCAAAUUACACGUUAAUGCUUGGAACUACAACAUCAUUGGGUGGUUUAAUGGGAUACAGAUAUUACAAUGGCAGGAAGUUCAUGCCCGCUGGUUUAAUGUUUUGUCUAUCGGUUGGUAUGUUAACAAAACUAUUGGUUACAAAUGUUGGCUCCAGUAGAUUACCUGUUAAGUCAAAUUAGAUUUAUGGUUGCAUAUGGUUGAGCACCUUAAUCACCCCAUUUUGAUCGCACUUUUUAAGGAAAUUAGAGAUUUUGGUAUAAGUUUACUUUUUUGUUUAUAACGGUCUAUUUAGUCUGGAAUAAGGUUGAGUCAAUGUUAAAGUACAUCAAAAACCUUGUCUAGACUAUAAAAAAUACAAUGUGUCGUUAACAAAUAGAUUAUUUAACAAUGAUUUUGUUUCUUUGACCUUGAUUUACUGAUAGCAAAACUGUUAGCUACAUUUGUUUCUAAAACAAGUUUUGACAGAAAAUGUGAUUUACAUAAUUGUUUCAUUUACCUUUGAGUUGUAUAUCUAGUUAGUGGCCUUGGCAUUUGUGUGACUUUCCUAAUUUGUAUAUUUUGAUUUUAUAUCAAUUUGCAAUUGUUACUUUUUAUAUAUUAUGGUGAUGGGAGAAUAAAAGUCUUUGUUAUAA